CUCUUACUGCGCUCGAAGGCUGCGGUAUGUUCUCGAGCAAGCUUGCCAGGGUCGCCAAUCGCACCUGCGCAGCUGCCAGCGGCGCAUCCAGCUCCUCCACGUGCACCGCCCACCGAGCGGCACAGUGCCUCACCGCCCGCCGGCAGACACACCAGCGCCGACAGUCCAGCAGCAAGGCGUCGUCAUGCCCGCCCGAUAGCAAUGCCAGUGGCGGAAAGCCUGCUGCAACAGCCAAGGGCGCUGCAGCGGAUGCCAGCAAUCCUAUUGCAGAGCCGGCCUCGCAGCACAGGAGCGGGAAGAAAGUCAGCCGACCAAAGAGAUCGAGGCACAACACCGAUGAACACAAGGUACCUGACCAUUUUGCGGGGCUACCCGCUGUUCCAGGCACACAGCAUAUCGACGAGCAAGACCUUCGCACGUCAGCCUUCUUCUCAUUACACAGACCUCUGUCCCUGGGAAGCACCAUUCCUCCCCCGGCCACCGAGAAAGCCUUCGAAAGCGUCUUUAGGACAAAGCAGCAGCGAGAUCCGUGGGAGAAUGGCAAUUCCGCCGAGCGAAGGCCCGAGGAUGUAGUCUACGCACUUGGACCUCUUUUCGAGAAUCUGGACGCCUCAGCGAGCGAAGCACAAGAUGAUGGAGUACGGUGGGAAGUUUUGUCCGAGAGUCCGUCGCACCAAGAUGGAGUGAAGCAUUUGGAUGGUCCACCCAGGUUACGAAGCUUGGAUGAAUUGGUCUCACAACUCAGACCGUUUACCGUGCCACCGCCGCCACAGCCAUUCACUGAAGAUCUUAAGCAGUCGGAACAGAAGAAACGAGCAUCGAAGCCGAAGCAGAAGAGAUAUAAGACGACCAUCUAUCUCACUGAAUCAACCACCACCAACGGGCAGGUGGAGUACAGUGCGUCUGUUUCACCCAUAGAGCGAGUACUCGAGGAGCAGUCUGCAGCAGAAGAGCCCGUGCCAGAAGCCCGAAGACAGUCGACUUUCCGCGAACGAAUGCAACGAUAUCGGACAUCGAAGGCCUACCUUCUCCAUCAGCAGGCCAUGGUCAGUAGUGCGCCCACAAAGGCGCCUGUCCGGCGAGCACCUAGUGCUGCGAGAAAGGAGCGUAUGCUGUUGAUAUCUGUCAAGCGACAAAGGAAAUUGAAGAUGAAGAAGCACAAAUACAAGAAGCUUAUGAAGCGGACGAGGAAUCUCAGGCGAAGGCAGGAUCGUGCAUAGUCUGGUUGAGGCGCGCCACUGGUCACUGCUUUUUUGCAUAGCACGGCGUUCUGGUGUGCAUCUGGCUGCCCUGUGCCUAGAUUCAAUAGACUUGCAUGAUUCCAGGACAUGCGAGGAGGCCAUAUGAAGGUCGCGGUCAGCACGGGCAUUUAGAUCUUUUCUAUUGCGUAUUACAAGCAAUCUCGACCACUAUUUUUU